CUCUCUGUUAUGUUUAAUCAAAAAUAAAGAAUCAACAAGGGCAAUACUAGCCUGAACCUUGGAAACAUAUUCAGGGAGGUUAGGGUGUGUGUGAGAGAUUGAUUGCAGUCUUCGUACUAGGUCUAGUCCUGUACACCCACCCAGAAAACAAUACGCAACGAACCAGCCCUACCGUUCACCGGCAGCCGGGACAGAUGACCUCACCUCAGACCCUUCAUCUCAUUCCCGUCUGGUCCGUCUGUGCCAUCCCAUUCAUUCAUCGUCCGAAAGAGGAUUGUAUCCACGAGCACACGCACGCACAAGACAUCCCCAGGAUCUUGAUCUCGUGGGAAUCAUCUGCAAGCUGGUUUCCAAAGAAAGCAUCAAGUGUGGAUAUCUACUAUUGA